CAGAAAUAGUAGAACGGAAGAAAGCAGAGGAUAAUUUUGGUGGGUAGAAAAGUUUGCUCGUCACAAUGAAAUCCCACAUGGACCCAGAUGAAUGUGGUCAUCCAGGACUGGAAGACAUUCAGUGGGAAGAUGACAUCAUGAAGUCUGUUAGUGGUCGGGCUGCUGGUGCAAAGUAUUCCAAAUUUUCUGAAGGUGCAAGGCAUCUGCUGUCUGAGGAAAAGCAGUGUGCCCUAUUCUGCAGAGGUAAAAAGUGCAAGUACUGUACAGCUGACAGUUGGACCGACGACCAAAAGGCUAUUAAAGGACUGUAUUCUCACUGGGUGACAGAUAAUAUACUAGCCAUGGCCAGGCCAAGUACACAGGGAAUUGAAACUUACAAAAUAAUCGACCAGUUUAAAGAAGCGGGUAUCAAGUCUGUGAUAAACAUCCAGAAACCAGGAGAACAUGCAAGUUGUGGGGAGCAUCUAGAUGAGAGUGGCUUCUCCUAUAACCCUCAGCUUUUCAUGGACAAUGAUGUGUUUUUCUACAACUUUGGCUGGCCUGACUAUGGGGUGGCCUCACUGAGCACAAUCCUGAACAUGGUGAAAGUCAUGCAGUUUGCUGUCAUGCAAGGAAAGGUGGCCAUCCAUUGCCAUGCAGGAUUAGGGAGAACAGGUGUGCUGAUUUCCUGUUAUCUAGUCUUCACCAACAGAAUGAAUCCCAAUGAAGCUAUUCAUUAUGUCCGCAGUAAACGUCCUAAUGCCAUUCAGACCAGUACUCAGGUCCAGUGUGUCCAGGAGUUUGGGCAAUAUCUCACCCCACUAAGGGUGGUCUUUGCAUCACGCUCUUUGCUUGUCCAGGAAAGUUUUCUGCCAGUCUCCAAAGAAGCACAUGAGUUCACUUUCAAUCAGUUUCUAAAUCGACAGAGACAUAUACUUCAUGGUUAUGAGUCAAGGAGAUUGAAAUACUUACCAAAGAUUAUAUUUGUGGUCUGUGAACGCCUGUUAGAGCUGAGUGGCUGCCAACAUGUGAUUUCACGCUCGAGCACCCCGUCCAGUGUAACAUCAGAAAUCCGAAAAACCAAGCCUGUUGCAGCAUCAGGAUUACAAAGCGAUGUCCUUCACCUUCCUGUCUCUCUUCAUAAGAGCCACAGCAUGUUGGAGCUGACAGAAAAGGGACUGUCACCAGGCCUUUCCCACUCCAAGUCGGAUCAACAGCUCAACAAAAUCGACCCCGAUCAGCCUUUCACAAACGGGUACUGUGAGGAUGAUGACACGGAAAAGGACGAUGUCAGUUUACCAAUCCUUGAGACAGGGGCACCCUUGGAGUCAGGGAAGCCAGGGAUUGCAGCCAGGAAUGAGGUUGCGGAGGCCUUGGCUGUAGGUGUUUAUGACACAGCUGCUGUGAAAGAAAAACUCAUUGAAUUAGAGGAGGAACUGAACGCUUCUGACAAAGCCUGGCAGCAACUGUCCGAGGAGAAUGACCCUCUGGUUCUGAGCGGUUUGCUCUGGGACUGGCUUAACCAUCUUAAGGAACCUGUUCUGAGAGCACAGGACAUCAGCACGCUCCUAGAUCAUGUGGAUGAUCCUGAUGUUGGUUUGAAGAGACUGGAAAAGGGUAUUUGUGUGACUGUGGAGUACUUGAUGAAGGUUUUAGUUCACCUUCAGCCCCUCGAGGAGGAGUUGGAGGAUCGGGUCUUUGAGAUUCUGCUGUCACACCUGACCCACAAGACUGUGCGACAUGAUCCAGUCCUCUCUCCCACGCCACACAAGCCCGACCACUGGGGAGAGCUGAAGGGCAGUGCUGCCAAAAAGCUAUUCCACUUCUUUUACAAACUGCUUGACCUGGUGGAACAACGCCAGGUGAAGCCACAACACUCGUCCCAAUCUGUGCCUGCCAACGGGCAUUAGCCCCACCAUGCCUGGCCAGGAGCACCACUUCAUGACCGUCCACAGACUUUCAACCAUUUCAUGACAGAACAUAAAUACUGAAGGUUGAUGUCCUUUCGUUUUCCUUGAUGGUUUGCAUUACUCAUUAUCUUAGUCUGAACUUGUGAUAUUUUCAAGUAGUAGAAUUGUUGAUUUGGGGCAGUGGGAAAGGGACUUUCUUUGCCAUCACCUUGAAAAUGACGAAGAAUUAGAUAUUUUUUGUUCAAGUCUUUGAGUAAAUGUAGUCUCUGUAUAAUCUCGGUAUGCAUUCCCCAUGAGAGAGCUUAAUUAAGAAUUCAUGUUUUCAGGUUUUGUUUCAGGUUUGAAUUCAUGGAUUGUUUUGUUAGAAACUGUAUUGUCAUGACUUUGUUUAUUUUGUACUUUUGGAUUAUUCUCUCCUCAAGGAACUCUAUAUCAAUUAAGUCACCAGUUCAGAACUUACCACUGCUCAUUUGUCAUCACAUUGCAGCACUUACCAUAAGUUUUUAUGCUUGCAUUAUUACCUUGAUUUGUUCCCCCGUGACAAACCUUCAGGUACAAACUUGUAUGCUACUGUCACCAUAUUCUCUCAUUUAACUGAAAUUUGCCUACAUCUCAUUGAGCAUUACAGAAGUUUAGGUUUAAGUAAUUAAGUAAUGCAUGCAUUAAGUAAUUCUGGAACUCGACUGCAUUUCCAGCCUGCUUUUCAGUGACUAAGUGUUUACAUACAUGUAUGUGGCAGGUUACUCAUUGUACAACUGUAACUAGAAACUAAAUAGCACUUCAGGAGUGAUCAGUCAUUAGUUACAUCAUUGUACAUGUACAUCACAAGUCACUAGAAUGAUGGUCUUAGUUUGCACUCCCUACAUUUAGCAUGCAUGAUGCUCUUAACAUUUUAGUAUUGUUACUGUGGACUGCAUGCAUUUUAGCAUUGUUACUAUGGACUGCAUGCAUUUUAGCAUUAUUUAGCCUAAACAUGAUCUAUUUUAGCUGUUAUUUUAUUUGUUACUCCAUGAGUUUAUGAGUAAGGCAGAAAUUUUGUGCAAUAUCUACAUGUACAAUAACCCACAAAGGGCACCAAAACUUCAGGUAUUAAAUAUGAACAGCCAUUUUUCAGAAAACAGUUUACAAGCAUCACAUACUGAGUUAUCCACAUGCUUUGGUUUUUCACAGGAUAGUGGAUUAAAUGGUCAUAUUUUUUCACCAUGAUAAAUUUUGACCUUAAUUUGUUUUUAAAAUGGCAAAAUUAAAAUUGGAUUCUCACUUCUUUUGCUCAUUAUCUAGACAUUCUAAAGGCUGUGUAUUCCUUUCAUUUCAAGCUUGUUACAUUGCAAUACUGUCAUGUAAAUAAGUUGUACAAGUAAUAAUUUUUAUUUUGUUUAAUCUGUUGUGCUGUGUUUUGAGUAUGAAUUUAUAUAUCAGAAGCUACAUUUAUUGAUACAAAGUACAUGUGUUAUAUGUUUUACAUGCAUUAUGUAAUUCUGGAACUGAACUGCUUUUCCAAUAUGAUUUUUUGAGUGAUUUUGUCAUUUAAUGAUUGAAAACGUGGAUUACAGGUGCAAAAAUUUUAGAACCCUAGUUCUUAUCGCAUUAACAGCUUUUACAAGGUUAAUUCUUACAAGGUUAACACUCAAACACUGAUGAAGAAUCCUUGGUUUCAUUAUACAUACAUGUGUACAUGUAUGUCUUUGAAGGCCUAAGGACCGACAAGUACAGCAUAUCCCUGUGUUUUGUCCUUGAAAUGAUGUACGCAAAGUUAAUUUUUGUGCAAGACUUAGUAGGUACAUGUGUGUGGAAGUGAUUUUAAUUUUGGAUUAAUAAGGUAGAAAUGACAUGUUUGUUUUAGAUAAUUGAUCAGAUUGGUAGCAAAACCGGUAGUGUGUAUGUACAAUGGGCAUUUGUAUUGUAGAUUUUACAAUAAUUGUGAUAUGUAUAAAGCAAUAUUCUAGUAUGUUGUGUUAGAUUUAUUUUUACCUAUUUAUUUCAUAUAUACACACAUAGGUUGUGAUCCUGAGAUAAAUCCUUUGCAGAUAGUAAUAUAUUUCAAGCAUCUUUUCUAAAGUCAGUUAAAAGGUGUUCUUUGUCAACAAAAUAUAGCAAAUCAACUACAUGUACAUCCUUCAGAAAAAUUAAUGACGGUCUCACACAAGUAUAUGAUACUUUAAAUAUACACAUCAUAUAGGUGUUAGUUAUCUGAAUAAAUUUUAUGAAACCAUAGUAAAAGAGAAUAGGUUCAUCUGUUAAUCUUUUUAAGGUAUGUAUAUGUCAUUUUCUAAUGUUAAUAUGCUGCUAAUACAUUAGUCAUUUAUUCCGUCCCUUUUACAACAGAUUGAUGAUGCUUUUGCUCGAUAUUUCCGAUCUCAUAAAUAAAG